AAGUGCGAAAGAGAGACGACUAAGUGCGAGAGAGGCGCCUCUCAUCGCAAUUGUAUUUUAAUAUAAAAAUAUUUGGAGGAAUCUUUUGUGGUUGGAUCCACUGAAGACAGAAAAAAAACGCCUUGGCCCCUGUCCAAUUGUCUUUGUGGAAUUUCGCAGUAAAGAUUUUUUCAGUGUCUCUGGCUCUAGCACUCAAGAGCAAUAAUGUAAAAAAGUUAGGAAUUUGGUAGUGAAGUGCUAAAGAUUGAAGAAAGAAGAAUUUUUUUGCAAAAACGGAUUUUGGCCAGAUGAGCGAUAGCUCGAACAGUGAGUCACGGCGUCUGAUGAGAGAAGAUGACCGAAAGACGUCCAAGUCGUCGUCUAAGGAAGAGAAGCAGCGACAGAAUGAGGAAAUUGUGACCCUGGAGACAUCUUCUGUGUCCUCGGAAAGUGGCUCAUGGGAGAUCUUUCCAACGCCCUCAAGGAGUCACAAUGCCAGUGCUAGUUCGUUAAUUAAGCAGCCAUUGUCGCUGCAGGACACCUGCCGACAUGUCCUAGAUCACCAAACAGAUGAGAAGGCAGAGGCAGAAACUGCCAGAAAUCCAGUAUCUGCCUGCUUCAUAGAUGCCUCCACUCUCCUGGAUGACACUGAACUGGCUUUUGCCUCCAAACCAUUUGAUAUCAAAGACCAGUUUUCUACGGAAGAUCCUAAACUUCCUUCAGGACUGGAUCUCUUCAGUUCAGAUAAUCCCCCAAGGGAUGUCCAGAAUCCGGAGAAGAAGGAGUGUGAGAAGAAACAGGGCAGUGUGGUGUUUAAAAGUGCGAUCCGUCAAUAUUCUGGUCACUUUGUGGAUCCAGUCCUCGUGGAUGAGGCUCUAAGUGAGAAUUCCAUGGGCAGCACAUCAACCUCAGCUGCCAAAAGUGACCAAAACCACGCGGAUUCGGAUGAAACUCCCUCCCGCAAAGGUUCAACAUCUCCUCCCAUCAUCUCUGGUGGGAUUUCUGCUGAUGACUUCUCCCCAAAAGUCUUCAGUAGUCCCCAUUCCAGGAGACGCACGGAGAUGUGUCCAAUUUUGUCCGGAGGAGUGAGUCAGGAGGACUUUGCAUCAUCCUCCAAGCCUGAUCUCCUCAAACAUGCCACGGUCAAACAGGCUUCCUGGGUGAUUGACAUGUCCUUGUCCCCCAAAUCCAUUGAACCUGACAUCAUCACAUCAGAAUCCCUGGACACAGACUCACUAAAGUGCAAGAGUGCACCAAUUGUUGUGACCUGCGAUACACCGAUGAAAAAAUCUACAGGAUUCUACAUUCCACUAGAGAACGACGAGGUAAAGGAACCUACCUCUCUACCUGACAUGGGACCUUCAAAGAGCGGCAGCAGUAAAAAUAUCUUUUCAAUGUUCAUUGACUUUGGCGAGAAGAAGCCAGUGCCCAAGAAGGCUCCGGUCAAGUCACGUCUCACCAAGACUCUAGCUCAGUCCAAGGAGGCAGAAAAGUGUCCAUCAGCAGCAGAAAGACCAUCAGUGGAAUCCAACAAGUGCAUCAUGAAUAUCUUCGAAAGUAUUCCCAUCCUAUCGAGUUCCUCCUGCACUUCCAAUGACUUUACGGCAUCGAAUAAAGAGUCAUCGAUCUCUGAAAGGGAUAAAUCUAUGACUUCUGAGGAGAAUCUCCAGGCAAAGAUGGAGAAGAACGAUGGGACUUAUGUGAUGCCUCCAGAAGGCGGGAAACUCUCUAACACACUUUCUCUAACGUCGAUUGCAACAGAUGUUGAGGACAAUACCCUGCAGAACGGAGAGACUUCUGGCUGUUCAACAGAUGAUCAGGAAACUACCGGAAAGUCAGGGAAAUGCGUCAAGAUCUCCUCGGAGAAGGCAGAAAGACCUCACACAAUGGAAUCCCUAAGGGCGACCAUCGAGAAACAGAGAAAGCUCCUGGACACUGUGGCUGAAACUGGAGGAGAUCCAGGAGGAUUCGUGAGACUAUCUGAUCUCGAUAAGCCCACAAAGUCAUUCCACUUGAAACAGUCACAACACAAACGAGUGAAGUCGUACGAAAAGUGCAUUUGGAACCUAUCCAAAUCCACAGAAUUUACCAAUCGGAUCAAUUUGGCGUCAUCCUUCGAGAAUUCCCGGAGUCUCAGUCGACUCUUCCCUCAUCUCAAUUCAGUUUUCAGUCACAGUCUCCCGAAUAAUGUUGGCGAGGAGACAAUCUCUGAGAUUCAUGACCUGUUCAUCUCGGACAUGUCUGGAGAAUCAAGCGCCACUAGUACGACUUACAGUCGUUCAGGAUUAGAAUCCGUAGACGAAUCUACACUGUCCAGUCGUCAGCCUCGUCGCCUCGGGGAGGACUUGCUGAAGCUCUUCCUACAGGAACUUGGCACUGACGUCAUGAUAGACAUCGACGGUCGCAAGAUCGGUGCCCACAAGUGCAUCCUCCGCUCUCGAUGCCAGUAUUUCGCGGCAAUCUUAGCUGGAGAUUGGAUUGCUACAGCUGGCAAUACCAUUCCCCUCCCAGGAUAUUCCUAUGAAGCUGUUCACUUUGCUCUCUGCCACAUCUAUUCAGGAGCUACUCACCCUCCAGAGGGUAUCAGCUUGAUGGAAUUGGCAGCUUUGGCAGAUCUACUGGGACUGGAAGGACUCAGAGAGAUCACAGCUUAUGCUUUGAAGACCAACUACUGCCACAACUUCCACAAACCCUGCUCUAGCUGCAUCGAUGGAGUACUCAAAGUGCUCCCGGUGGCUCUGACCCAUGGACUGGAUGAUCUGUAUAGGAAGUGCCUCAAGUGGUGCUGUAAGUACUACAUGAAGAUCUGGAGUACCAGGGCUUUUAGCAAUCUGUCAUCUGAUCUGCGAAUGAGGCUUCAGCAGCAAAUCAUCAAUCACAUUACAAGCGAGAAUGUCUUAAACUUGUAUCUUGAAAGCGAGGACCUGCUAUCUGUCCUUGCUCCCUGUCGUUGGGCCCUCCAUAUUGAUCACACAAUCAGGAAUAUUCUGGAUGCCGCUGCCAUUUAUGUUUCUGAACACUUCUCAUCCCUUCUGGCCAGUGAUUCAUUCCUUUCUCUGGGCCAUGACCGCAGCAGCGAUAUAGGACGUCUUGAGACCUUCCUACUUCGAACUGCUGCCACUUUGAGUCCAGAACAGGCCUGCAGGACCUACCAGAGAGUCACAAGGCUCAAUAUAGUGCUCACUGAGAAGAGGGAUGUGGAUGCAGGAAGAGAUUCCGUGGACUGGAGCAGUGACUUCAUUCAUCUCGUGGCAGCGAUCCUGACAUCUGUUGAGCAGUGCUUAGUGAGGCAGUGCGCCAAGGCCAUGAGGACCAACAUGUGGCAGAGGAUGGACAUUGAGUUGAAGAAGAAGAUCCAGAAGCUAUCGAGGAUUCCAGAUUCCUCAGAGAGGAGAUCUCGUCCAAUAAAUCGGGAUUUGCAUAGCCAAUCUCCGAGUUAUCACAACCGUAACCAGAGUCUGCAUCAGAUUAGACUGGCCAUUCAGGCGCAUUCCUCCGGACGUCACAUUGUCCCACCAAUAGUCGCUAAUUCAGGAAGCUACAGACCUCACAAUCAGAUAAUCAAUCAUGCAUAUGCUCUAGUUGAGCACCAUAUCUCAAACAAAGUGGACAAGAGUGUCCAGGCUAAUAGAGAUCUGUCGAAGCCAAAGGUUAGGGAAGAAGAGGCUAAGAAUCGUAAGGACAAUCCAGCUAAAUCCAAAGGAAACUUGAGCAAGAAUAGCAAAGUAGCUUCAAGCAAUCCCAACAACGUUUUCAAUCGUUUAAGUAAUGUCAACGCCUAUCCCAAGAGGCUGAAGCCGGUUAAAGUGGAAGGUAGUCAGGAUUUCUCGAAACCGCAUACGAAGAAGGAUUCGUCAGGAACGAAUCUUUCUAUUGAUUCCUUGGCGGAUUCAGUCAAAAGCAGCCACAAGUCACAGGAAUCCCUAAAACGCUGCAAUACCAAAUCCGUUCAGAGUUCCUUCAGUGACUUCCCCUCGAUUGCUUCAACAGUCACCAACAACGCUAAGAACCGACCCAAGAGCGGUAGUAAGAUCCCUCUGUCAACAAUGCCAACAACCAAUCCUCCGGUUAGGAAGAGCUUCCUCUCCGAGAGGUCCAGGCAGAUAUUGAACAGAAAGAAAGCGCAGCAGGAGAAGUUGCAGGGUCAAGGAGAGGACUCAAAGGAAUCAAAGAGUUCAACACCAUCAAGGAGAACUCCAAGGAUCUCAACCAGAGACAGUGGCCAGAAGAAGAAUGAGGACAAAAAGAAACCAAGCAAGAAGCCGACAAAAGCAGUUGAGAAGGAAAAAUCAAUUGGGGACCAGAGUGAGGAUAAAAUCCUAAAGGAAAGCACCAGUAAACUUGAGAGAUCUAGCACUUUUUGCAAGGAAAAAUCCGAUAUACCUGGCUUUGACCUGAACUUUGCCGCAGAUUGAGGCUCUCGAACCAAAGGCAACGUCCUCUUCCUUUUGACACUCACCAACUCUCUUUAUCAAAGUAGCGUGCUUCAACCAAAUGACAACAGCAUAGAAUUUAAUAGUUAGAGAGAUAAAUCAGAGACUACUAUGUGUACUUUGUAGAUCUUGUAUUAGGCAGCAAUGUCUUGCAUGUUUAGAAGAAUCGUCCCCCGCAAAGUCCCUCCUUAUUUAAGUUUUUCUCUUAAGUUUUGUCGAAUAUGCCAUUCCACCAUGUGAUGUAUCUCUCGAUGUAUUUUUUUGAUUUUUAUUUAAAUUUAAAACUAGGCUCUUGGGCUAUAGGCUAUACUUAAAAAAAAGCUGCAGGAAUUGGCCUAUCCCCGGGAACCAUGUCUCCUAUGUUACUCAUGGUAUAGAAAUCUAGCUUUAAAGGGCAGAAGAGGUAAAAACUCAGUGGACACACGACACCAAAAGCUAGUCAAAAGAAAAACGUACAAAAUGGUAUUAUUAGUCUUUUUUUAUUAAGAUUAUCGCUAAAAAAUGAUGCAAAAAAUUAUUAUUCCAUUAUGCAAUUUCUGUGUCUUUUCUUUGUGAUUCUUCGACACACAAAAUAAAAUCUCAUUGUGUUUAAUAAAA